GGUUGUUUUCGAUAUGGCGGACGUAGGGAAAACAGUCGAGUGCCUCUCCACACUCGAUUUUACUGGCUUGGAUACAGAUUGGGUAAAGGAAGUAUGGGAGAGAGACUUCACAGACUACGACCCACUGCCUAUCAGUACAGAGGAAGGCCUUGAGGGCAGUGGGUACCAUGUGGAGACCCUGAAGUUAACCAGGAAGAUCCUCCAGCCCUGGGCACUGGGAGAGGAGGGGAAGUCUGGGGAGGGUUUCUGGACAGUACUGGUAGAAAAUGACCUCCCACACAGAAACUUUGUAUCUUUUCUUUAUUACAUCAUAGAAGCAGGGUCAAAGAGAGUGGCAAAUGCCCAACUAAGAGAGGCUGCAAUCUCAGCAGCUGAUGUCUACUUCACUUUAAUAUGUAUACCAGGGAGUGGAGCAUUCAAAAUCUUUCACCCAAUGUUGUUCCAAAAAUCAGUGGAUGUCUUUAAGUCUUGGACUCAACUAGGUUCCCCCAAAAGGAAGAGGAAGCCGUCUCCAGUCCGUAGCAGUCAGGCAGGCAGGAGAGGUAAAGCAAGAAAGACAACCAAAGAACCAGAACAGGACGUAGCUGGGGAUGAUUUUGGUGAAAGAGAAGAUGAGGAUGAGGAUGAAGAUGAGGACAUUCUCACUCCCCAGGAGAUAUCUAAGCUGAGAAGCUGCCUGCUGUCUUUACUUAGGAACUUCACCACACUCCUUAAGAAUUACUCACUGAAAGAAUCAGAAUCAUCUGCACAGCAUGCAUUACAAAUAUUGGUGGAACUGUCCAAACAGGAAGCUGAGACUGUGGGAGAAGAUUUUGAUCUUACCAGUGAUGUCAACAGAGUCCACUCCAUAUCCAAGCUGGCUUUUAUGGGUAUGGACUGUCUGUGUUCAGCUUCUCAUGGUGACAUCAAUGUUAUGAUCACCACUGCCUUCAAGUAUCUUCUUCCCAGUAUCUUGAUGUUGAUAGGGGAUGGGAAGGGCGUGGCAGCACAGGCCAUCCCCAGGGAUAUACAGACCAUCAAGGAUAAUGCUCUGGCAUUUGUUUGUCACCUGUUGCGUACCAAGCCAGAAGCUGCUGCAGCCAGUGCCAGAAUUCUGCUACAGCACAUGUGUACCAAGGUCCCAGACAGAGCUGAGUACAGAGCCAAAGUGGCACAGGCUGUGGUGACACUACUCCAAGAGCUUCCAAACUCUGCCUAUGCCAGGAUGAUGGAGUGGAUCUAUAGAUACUCCAGACAUGCCAAGAUCAGUUACAGAGUAUUUGCCCUGGAGAUAGUCACACUGCUCCUCAGUGAACCAGAGAGAAAGCAGGAUGACUCAGUCCAUGCAGACCAUGCAGUUUACCUGAGCCAGUCUUUCCUAAUACAGAUGGUGUUAGCCAGGUGCUCUGAUGUCAACUCCAGUGUGCGUUCCCGUGCCAUAGCAGGGUUUUCCCAGUGUGUGGCAUCUAAAGACUCGGCCAUAGGUCUAACCAUUAAGGAGAUGUUUACCCCUAGGAAUGGUCCCCUGGGGAGAGUACCAAUAUCAAGAGUGGUGCCAACCCCCGAGACACAGCGGACAGCACCGGCCUCAGAGGGUCAAGGCUCUGAAGGCCACACCCCUCAAGAAACAGAAACCAGUUCAGAUAAAACUAUUGACGAGACGUCAGACAAGACAGUCGCGACAGAAGGACAAGCUUUGGAAGGCCCCCCUGCUGCUGCUACUGUGGACCCCAAGGAGAGUACUCCCCUGCCUGUGGCAGCACUGGCUGUACAGCUCACACCAGGAGCAGAGUUCUCGCUGGCUGAUGGUAAAGGUGUAGUUUCCAUGCUGCGAAGGCGCGCCUGUGACGAGAAGGUCAACGUGAGGAAAGCUGCUCUCCAGGCACUGGAGAAUGUCGUCAGGAUGGAGGGAGAUGCCUUUAACAAACAGGUGAGGAGCUCAGUGGUAUGUCAGGAAGCACCUGCAUUUGAUACAGCCUUAAGAAACAAGAAUUAA